CAUAAAAUCAGUUAAAUUAAUAUAUUUUGCCUUUGAAUAAAUUUUUCAUUAUACUUGUAUUCGCCUUAUCAUAGCAUUGACAAUAAUAAGCAAAGUAAAAAUAAAAUAGUAAUAUGGUAUGUAAAAAGCGCGUUACUAUUUCCAAAGCACAAAGACACGAUGGGCUUUAAAAUUAUACCAUAUCAAGCUAAUUCAAAUGAUACCGUAUGAUACUUUCUUAGUUGCAAGAUAUAUAAAAGAAAUAUAAAAAUGCUAGAGAGAGGUUAGAAAAAAAUCAAAUUCUGUCCUUAAAAUUUUGUUUCCCGAUACAAUUCGACCUUUUUUAUAUAUAAUAUAAACGCUUUUAAUAUAUAAUUAUUAUUCAAAUACGUUUAUACUUAGGUAGCUAAAAAUUGCAUUUUUUUCAGAUUUAGACGAAACCUUAAUACAUUCACAACAUGAUGCAAUGCCUAGAAACACUGUUAAACCAGGAACACCUCAUGAUUUUACUGUAAAAGUAACAAUAGAUCGACAUUUAGUUCGUUUUUUUGUGCAUAAACGCCCGCAUGUUGACUUUUUUCUGGAUGUGGUUUCACAAUGGUAUGAUUUAGUCAUAUUUACCGCUAGUAUGGAAAUUUAUGGAGCCGCCGUAGCUGACAAAUUGGAUAAUGGAAGAAAUAUAUUUCUAAGAAGAUAUUAUCGACAACAUUGUACACCGGAUUUUGGUUCAUACACAAAAGACUUAUCAGCAAUAUGCAGUGAUUUAAAUCGUGUAUUUAUAAUAGACAACUCUCCAGGUGCUUAUCGAUGUUUUCCAAAUAAUGCAAUUCCAAUAAAAAGUUGGUUUUCGGACCCUACAGAUGUAUCACUUUUAUCAUUGCUACCAAUUUUAGAUGGAUUAAGGUUUACAAACGACGUUAGAUCAGUUUUAUCUAGAAAUUUACAUUUACAUCGUUUAUGGUAGCAUAUUGGUUUGCUUUAAGUACAAAUAGGAAACUUUUUAUUAGAAAAUAAUUUUUUUAUUAAAAUAGUAAAUAUUUUUAUUUUUAUUUAAUCUAUGAAAUAUAGAAAAGUGUAAGGUAUAAUAAAAUUAUUACAAUUUGAAGUAACCAAG